AUGAACCACCGAGAUCAAUCCGACAUGGCCUCCGCCCCUUCCUACCCGUCUCCAAACGGUGCUCAGAUGACCCAGGGCGGGAUGCCGUAUUACAGCAAUCGCCAAAUGACAACCGACGAGCUUCUUUCUGCUGAACUAUCACGCGAAGCGUCUGGGCCAGGGCUAGGAGAUGGCUCGAAUAACGGAGUUCAUCAUAAUCAAGGCAUGGUUCUGGGCUCUUCCAACGCAGGAGACAUGGGUCGCCCCUCAUCCGACGAUCAACAUCAACACCAGCACAUGCUGCAGUUCACCCCCAGCCAACAAGUCGGCGUCGAUCCAAACCAUGAUUUGAGCUAUGGAGAACAAAGUGCGCGAAAGAGAUCGAAGAUUUCGCGCGCUUGUGAUGAAUGCCGGCGCAAAAAGGUACGAUGUGACGCGAGCUCUGAAACUGGUCUCGAGACAUGCUCGAAUUGUCGUCGCCUGGGUGUUGUCUGUCAAUUCAGUCGCGUCCCGAUGAAGCGAGGACCUAGCAAAGGUUACAUUAAGGAACUUGCCGAACGACUCCAUACCCUCGAAAGCCAGAUGCAGCCCGGAAUUGUUCAACCUGAUGUCCCAUACCAGUCUAUGAAUGAAGUGUCUCUGCCGCGAGGCUACCAGGACUUUGCUUCACCACCUGUCGAAUCGGGCUCCGCCAACCGCAAGAGAACAUACUCUGUAUUUGAAGGGCUGCCAAGUUCAUCAUUUGCGCAGCCAUCAUUCAACAGCCGCGGUCCGCAGAGUGCUUUCGAUGCACCUGAUUCCACCACAGAUCCCUACAACCCAGUUGCUGCUAACGCCGGCGCCUCCAAGCCGGCUAACCUCUUUUGGACCCCAACCGGCAAUGAGCAAGAUCUGCCGACUGGCCUGGAGAUCACCGACUUGCACAAGCAUGAAGGUGAUGACGACAUGUCGCCGGUCUCUCUUGACGAGGGAGCCCUUGAUGCCUACUAUCAAAAGGUGCAUACAAUAUUCCCAAUCCUUCCUCACACCAGGGAGCGAACCCUGGAACUCCUGCACCAAUGCAAUCGAGAGGCACAAGAAAUCUUUUGCUACGCACUUUACACCGCGACUCGCACCGACAUGUCUCGAGUCAUGGGCGGAUUUGAGCGCGUCACCUCGUUUGACAAUGCCCAGGAUUUGGUGCUUUACCACACCCGCCAGCCGCUCAUUGUCCACUCCACAGCAGUCAACCUAAUCUGGUUGCAAACUCUUAUUCUGAUGAUCAUAGACUGCGACCAGCGUGGGCCUGACAACAUCGUCCUGAAAGAUGGUAUUCCAAAGCACAUCUUGGUUCAAGCAGCUAACAAGCUUGGCCAUGACUUGGCCAAGAACCAGGGCCAGCUGAAGCAGAAACGUGUCUCAGAUCCCGAUGUUGAUUCCGACGCCAAUUUGACACGACGCAGUUGGGUCUCAUUGAUCAUCUUGACCCGUUGGUAUGCUAUCAGUUUGGCAGAUACGACCGUACUUGGGGGCCAGGAGAUCGGCGGACGUGAAGAUGAGAGAGUAGUUGGCAAUAUCACAAUGGGCGUUGCUUCAUUUUCAACCUUUUUGAUCGAACUGGUUACCAUGGUUAGCACGGACGAGAACGUUUGCCAAACCAAUUCUGGCCUUGGCCGUGUGGUUGCAAACAACAUGCUAGCCGCGCUUGAACGUCUUGGAGAGAUGGACGAUGUGCUCAAGGUUCAUGAGUUGCCUGAGAACACCGCCUCCCGUUCACUGUUUGAAAGCCUCCAAAACCAACUCUACUGGACUAUUCGUCUCCUUAUCAAGCGUCAUGUCUUUGUCUGGAGUCCGUACGAGAUUGUUUACUGUGCUCAAGAGGUCAUCAAUGAGUUACACAAGGCUACUGUGCAGCGUCGACUCGCAACACCCUUUGAUCUGCAUAGCUUAGCUCUUGCAUCGAUGACUCUGCUCGAAGCCACAGUGAUUCCUGAAUUCUCAAAUGAAUGCUGGGACUCGCUGAGCAAGCUGGAAGAAAUCCUGGAUCACCGUGAAAACAACGCAACCCAGCUGGGUGAAUACGAGAACAUUUUCGGUACUCCCGGCUGGGAUGCGAAGAUCCGCGUUUUCCUCGAAUGGCGGCGCGUUAAAUCGCAGGAAAGCCAGUUACAGGAUGCGGUUAGCGGUAUGAACAAGGCAUCCUCCAGCGCGCAGCCUCCUAUGGGCCCCAACGAGCAGCGCUCUUUGCAACACUUGGCCGAUUUGGCAGUUGGCGCUGAAGGCUCUGUGGGUCAGAAUACCUCUGCUACUCCUCCUCCAGCUCUUUCUGCCGAACAUGGAGAGACCUCACCAAACCUUGCUCCACAGCUGACACAGCCUCAUGGUGGAGCUGGUCGUAUUGUUGUUGAUUUUACUAUGCUAACUAAAGAAGGUUACUUGAAUGUGUUCUCUGGUUUGAUUUAUAACCGGCGUGCUCGCUAG